UAGAUAAAUAUCCAAACACAAGUCGAAUACUUGAUGUAAAAUAUUAUUUGGCAAUGCAUGGAAAUUUUGUUAAAAAAAAUGACAAUAAAGCCACUGAUAUCUUUAAACAAGUUGUGCAAAUUUUACAAAGUGAUUCAAAAUAUAAAGAUGUUGCAAAAUAUAUAUUGGCAAAAUUCUAUGAAUCUGGACAGGAUGGUGCUAAAAAAGAUUACAAAAAGGUUUAUGAUAUCUAUUUAGAACUUUCAAAAAGCAAAUCAGAUUUCCAGGAUGAUGUGAAAUAUUGUUUAGCAGAGUAUUAUUUAAACAGUUAUGGUACUAAAAAAGAUCUUGUAAAGGCUUUUGAUAUUUAUUCUAGCCUUUUAUUAAGAAAGUCGCAUUACCAAAAUAAUGCUAAAUUUUGGUUAGCACAUUGUUAUGAUAAUGGUAAUGGUGUUACUAAAAAUAAGGAUAAAGCUUUACAACUCUAUUUAGAACUCUUAAAAAGCAAAGAGUAUCGACUUAAGGUUUGUGAAAGCCUAGAUGGUAAUAGUGUUACUAAAAAUAAGGAUAAAGCUUUACAACUCUAUUUAGAACUCUUAAAAAGCAAAGAGUAUCGACUUAAUGUUUGUGAAAGCCUAGCAAAUUAUUAUAAAGAUAAAGAUGACGAAAAUGCUAUCGUUGGCAAAUUAGAUUUUAGCAAUAGUUUCGAUCAAAUUAAGCAGAACGUCUAUAGAACUUUUUUAUGUAUACAAUAUAGAGCUUGCACAAUAAAUAGUCCUGCCAGUAAACGUGGAGAUAGUGGUAAAGACAUAGUAAUAGAGGUGAACGGAUUUACUUUUGUUUUUCAAUAUAAAGCGUAUUUUAAAAGGUCUAUUGACAGGAUAAAUGUAAAUAAAGUUGAGUCUACUGUUAGGGUGGGGAAUUUAGAUGUUGAAGGAAUUAGAAAAGGAGAAUUUGAUGCAGGAUUUUUGAUCGUUUUAAAAUGCACUUGUGUAAAAAAAAUAGCAUUUCAAAUAGCUGGUUUGUCAAAGGAAAAAAUUAUCAUUACAACUUAUGAUAAAAUGUGCGAUGUCGUUAAAGAAACAAUUAAUGACUUAAUGAUGGAAAGAAUCAAUACAUUAGAGGAAGAUAGCUUUUCUGAACUUGAAGAAAAGUCUAACUACAUUGCAUAUGAAGCCAAGUUUAUGAUAGUAUAUUAUCUUUUAUUUAAACAUCCAAAAGAACAAGAUAAUAAAUUUAUCCUUAAAAUCAUCAGUGAUGUUCAGCAAUAUAUCGAAAAAUUUUAG